AUGUUCUCAGAUGAGGAUACGUUAACCCUCGUUCAUGCUGUGCAGAAGCAAUAUGCUUCCCUGAAUCUCAAGCUACCAGCCGGAACCUUCACGAUUCUAGCUGCAAUUGCCCUGACUUCAUCCGAUCCUUUAACGACUCAGCCAAAGAUCAUUGGAUUAGCUACAGGAUGCAAGUGCCUUCCAAAAGACAAGCUUCCUCUGCAAGGCGAGGCAGUGCACGAUAGUCAUGCAGAAGUUCUCGCUCGUCGCUGUGCCCUUCGAUGGCUGAUCGAAGAGAUCGAUAGGGCGGCCUCCGAUGGAUCGCACUGGCAUUCUGCGUGGAUAUCAAAAACGGCAGAUGAUCGCUAUCGUCUUAAAGACGGCGUCUACAUGAUCAUGUAUAUAUCGACACCUCCCUGUGGAGACGCUUCUAUGCGCUUCCUCGCUACUUUCCAAGAUAAGGAAAUGGCGUCACUGAAGGACUCUGCGGUGUUCCCUCCUCUGGACCCCAAUGUUGCGUCCAGAGGGCGAGAUAAUUACUCCCUUUUUGGCGUUCUCCGUACGAAGCCCGGGCGUGCUGACUCUCCUCAGACAUUGUCGUUAUCUUGCAGUGACAAAAUAGCACGCUGGAACGUACUUGGGAUACAGGGAGCUUUGGGCUCUGCCUUUUUUCACCCGAUCUACUUGACAAGGAUAAUCAUUGGCGAAGUCCCGCCAGAUCUGCACGACGUCGUAAAGUCUGAUUGUGAACGAGCGUUCUGGGGGCGUCUGCAAGAAAUCCAUGGCCUUCCCGAGGGAUACAAAUUGAGUCGGCCGGAAGUCCAGUUUACGUCGGUUGGAUUCGUACAUUCAAGGUCGGCACAGGAGCGUUCUUCCCUUACUCAAAGAUCGUGCAAUGAAUCUUUAACUUGGGUAGCGGACUCUACAUCACCGCAUGAGGUACUGAUAAACGGCCUCAAACGAGGUGUCCCUCCAAAACAUCGCUACAAGAUGAUUUUCUGGCCCAGACUCUCAAAAGUCUCCUUGUUUCACUUGUACAGAAAGACGAGGAGCAUAGAGAACCUGCCGCCUGAAAGUAAAACAAUGACAUAUUAUCAAGCGAAGGAGAACAUGGCCCAGUACCAGAUGGCAAAAAACUGCUUGCUAGGGGAAGGCCGGCCUUUUUCAGGGUGGAUUCGAAGUGGAGCUCGAUGGGAGAACUUCGGUUCUAGUAGUGACAACGGACAACAAAGUACUGAUAUUACGGAUUAG